AUGAGUGUAGAAGAUGGGGGUGUGCCAGGCCUAGCCCGUCCAAGACAGGCUCGCUGGACCCUGAUGCUAUUCCUGUCUACUGCCAUGUAUGGUGCCCAUGCACCGUUCCUAGCCCUGUGCCAUGUGGAUGGCCGAGUGCCCUUCCGGCCCUCCUCAGCUGUGUUGCUCACUGAGCUGACCAAACUACUGCUGUGCGCCUUCUCCCUCCUGAUGGGCUGGCAAACAUGGCCCCAGGGCACAGCACCCUGGCGCCAGGCUGCCCCUUUUGCCCUGUCAGCCCUGCUCUAUGGCGCCAACAACAACCUGGUGAUCUAUCUGCAGCGUUACAUGGACCCCAGCACCUACCAGGUGCUGAGCAAUCUCAAAAUUGGAAGCACAGCUCUGUUGUACUGCCUCUGCCUUGGGCGUCGCCUCUCUGCACGGCAGGGGUUGGCACUGCUGCUGCUGAUGGCUGCAGGAGCCUGCUAUGCGUCGGGUGGCUUUCAGGAACCCAUGAGCACCCUUCCUGGACCUCCGUCAGCAGCCGGAUCCCGUGCCAUGGCCUUGCAUAUCACUCCCCUGGGACUUGUGCUCCUCCUCUUGUACUGCCUCAUCUCCGGCUUGUCCUCGGUGUACACAGAGCUGAUCAUGAAGCGACAGCGGCUGCCCUUGGCUCUUCAGAACCUCUUCCUCUACACUUUCGGGGUGAUCCUGAACCUUGGACUGUAUGCCGGCAGCGGCCCCGGCCCGGGCUUCCUGGAGGGUUUCUCUGGGUGGGCAGUGCUGGUGGUGCUGAACCAGGCGGUAAACGGACUGCUCAUGUCGGCUGUCAUGAAGCACGGCAGCAGCAUCACGCGCCUCUUCGUCGUGUCCUGCUCCCUGGUGGUCAACGCUGUGCUUUCAGCAGUGCUGCUGCAGCUCCAGCUCACAGCCGUCUUCUUCCUGGCCACGCUGCUCAUUGGCCUGGCUGUGUGCUUGUACUACGGUAGCCCCUAAGGCCUUGGCUGCCCCCACACCCACUUGUGGCUGUGUAGAUUAGAUGCAACCACCAGAGCCACCUCCUAUCUUACCACCACACCCCGCCCAGCAGCCCUGUAACAAGUGCCUUGUAAGAAACACUGAGGUGGCCGUGGCCUUUGGAUGUUCAGGGGGGUGAGCGUUACCCCUAGGAGGUAUAAAGAGUGGGCUUGGUUAAGGAAGCGCCUAACCACACCCCUAUAUUCCUUCAUACUAAAGAACUGGAAGCUCCAAACCGAAGCCCGGGCAUCCUGUCCUUGAGGAACCCUGCCUCGUCCUGCAUGCACAUGGCUACUUAAGUUUGCUCUUCUUGCCUGCUGUGGUGCCUGAAGCUUGGUGCUGGCUGCUCCGCCCGGCAUGGUGGCCACAUAAGGGAUUCUUAGUUUGCCCUCUCCACAGUGCUGCUCCUCUUUCCCAGCCAUUCUGGAAAGGUCAGAGGGGGCUGGGGUUUGUUCAUCUCAGGAAACGUUGCCCCUGGGCCCUGGCUUAAGCCUACACUCCUGACCCCUGUGCUAACUCAAGGGCCCCGCUGAAGCCCACUUGACCUCUAAGGCACCUAGGAGGUACUGUUUUUCCCACUCGUUCCCCCUCCUAGUGGUAUUCCACCUCCCAACAGCCUCGGAAGGCUCUGCAGAGUAACCAGGGACCAGGUACAGAAAACGUUUAUAGCUAAUCAGUGUCUAACUACUUAAGCAAUAAGGUCUUAAUAAAGUGUUGAGGGCGUAGGGUCCUUCCUACAGCCUCUCACAGUUGUACGUGU